CUAAGCUUUCUGUCUAGAAAUGCGCAUGUGCAAUACAGUUCUAGGUGGAUUUAUUUGCAACACUCAGUACACUAGCCAUCACUGCAUCCUCGGCAAGAGCCCAACACAGACUAAACAUGAGCUUCACAGUCGAAGAGAGGGGAAACCCCAAUACAUUGAGCUACCGUUUGUUUUUCAAAAAUGCUGAUGGAAAGUAUGUCUCCCCAUUCCAUGACAUACCUAUGUAUGCUGAUGAGAGCCAGAACAUUUUCCAUGUGGUUGUUGAAGUACCAAGAUGGACAAAUGCAAAGAUGGAGAUUGCAACCAAAGAUCCCCUGAACCCGAUCAAGCAGGAUGUGAAGAAGGGGAACCUGCGUUACGUCGCCAAUGUUUUCCCCCACAAAGGCUACAUCUGGAACUAUGGAGCAAUACCUCAGACUUGGGAGGAUCCCGGGCACAAAGAUGAAGACACUGACUGCUGUGGUGACAAUGACCCCAUCGACGUCUGUGAAAUCGGUACCAAGGUGUGUUCACGUGGGGACGUGAUCAAGGUGAAGGUACUGGGGGUUUUGGCCAUGAUCGACGAGGGGGAAACGGACUGGAAGGUCAUAGCCAUCAACGUGGAGGACCCUGAAGCUAAGGACCUGAAUAACAUCGGUGACAUCCAGAGGCUGAAGCCAGGUUACUUGGAGGCCACCGUGGACUGGUUCAGGAGGUACAAGGUACCAGAUGGGAAACCAGAGAACCAGUUUGCCUUCAACGGAGAGUUCAAAGACAAGGAAUUUGCCAUUGAGACAAUCAAGAGCACCCAUGGCUUCUGGAAGGCACUUAUCUCACAGAAGACCAACUCUGGAGGACUCAACUGUAAAAACACGUGUGUGUCGGCUGGCGACAGCCCCUUCUGCUGCUCCACGGACGAGGCCAAGGCUGUCAUAGAAGGGACAACCCCUUGUGGAACCGAAGAUCCUAUCCCCUGCUCAGUGGAUAAAUGGUUCUACUAUGAGAAGGAGUAACUUUAAGAUGAAGACUCAAUGGACCAGUGUCUCACCUGUUUAGCAAGUGUACUUGAAGAUCAUAGACUUAACGACAGUUAGGGGUGUGGCUGCGAAAGAAUAGACUCUUCUCCAUACUCUGAAGAUAAGAGAAGAUGGGGCAAGAAGAGUGAAAUAAUGUCUGAGGAAAUGUGUUGUUACUGUUAUUUAACAAACGUCUCAUUGGAGAUGUGCUGUCGAGGAGAUAGUACUGGUAGUGUGCUUCCUAUAGCUAGCAACUCAUGUACUGUAUGGGAUCGUAAUUAAUUUAAUAAAGCUUUAUCUGUAAAACAAAAAUA